AUGCCUCACUCCAAAUCACCUUGCGCUGAGGCGCCGCACAACGAUGGACUCUGGCAGAGCAAAAAGACUAUAUCUUUCGAAGAGUAUCUCGUACUCGAAUCUUUAGUCUUCGAAUGGGCGGAUAGCUACGACGCGAAGGAUUGGGCUCGUCUAAAGAGUAUCCUCGCUCCAAAUCUUCUAAUCGACUAUACGAGCAUCGGCAAGGCGUGCCUAUGGCCUAAAAUGUCUGCCGCCGCCUUCGUAAAGAUGGUAUCGAGCCCCAAUUUCCUCGGCAACCCGUGUCUCGAAACACAACACUUGCUCGGAGCACGCCGAUACGAGCGCGUCUCCGACAGCCAGAUCAUCGGCUACCACCAGAUCCGCGCCGCGCACCAGGUCUACACGACGCCCGCGCUGGAGGAGGUCAGGCACAAAGGCCAUGUUCACGCUUCGAACGUGCAUUAUUAUGCGAAGGUGAACGGCGAGUGGAAGUUUGCCGGGUUGAAGCCGACGGUCAGGUGGAGCGAGCAUGAGUUUGAGAAGGUGUUUAGGGAUAUCUAUGAGGACAUGGAGAUGCCUGCUGUUGAUGAGGGGGAGGUGGGGGAGUUUAGGGAUGAGGUUCUUGGCUCGGUGGCGGCGGGAGGGCAGCAGAUCUUGGUUGAGGUGCAUUGA